AUGAAGUAUUCAAUGAAAUGUUUGAAAAAUUUACAUCUCAAUUCUCCGAUCGAUGAUUUUUUUUAUCAGACAGCAUUUCCAAUUCAAUUUGCCGUAACAAUUAUUGGCAAUACAUUAACUUUAUCAGUGCUGCUUAAUCGAAGUAUGCGAAAUCGAGCAAAUCAUUUAUUAGCAGCAUUAGCAUUCGCUGAUAUAGCCGUAUUCAUCUUUAUGUUACCCACAAGUUUAUCAGCAUUACAACGAUUUUAUGAAAGCACAACAUUUCGCAUAAUUUUUGCGCAUACAAAAACUUACUUUGCAGCAUUAGCAAAUUGGUUCUCUUGUUCUGCUAUAUGGAUUGUACUUGCAGUAUCUGCUGAACGAUUACUGAUAAUUAAAUUUCCAUUUCGAUCAUUAAAACAAUAUCAUGUAUUGGAAUCAAUCAUUAUCAUAGUUGUGGUAUUUGCACUCACAUUAAUAUUAACAGGCUAUCAUUAUUUUUCCUAUCAUUGUGCUGUUCUAUGGGUAUGCAAUAUGACCCAGGUAUAUGUGAAAUGCUUACCGGUAAUCUGGAAUUGGACUGAAUUUGGUUUAACACCAUACUAUCAACCAUCUAGUCGAUUUAUAUUUUACAUGAAUACAAGUGUUAUUGCAAAUGCUUUUAUUGGUGUUAUCAUUCCUGUCUUUAUUGUUGCAUUUCUUAAUGUACAUCUAAUACAUCUAUUACAAAUUAGAACUCGGCAGGCUAGAAGUGCGAAAGUAUUCCUAGGACCAAUAAUUGAUGGUAUCAACAUUUAUAGGCCAGAAGCCAGAAGUGAGGGAGCAUCUCUUGGGUCAGCAUCGAACAAUUUUUGCGAACAAGAACGAAAAAUGACAGUAACAAUCGCAGCAAUAGUAACAUGCUUUACGAUAACACAAUUACCAUCAGCAAUAUUAUUCCUUUAUGAGAAAAUAAUUAGUGAUGCAAAAACGGAAACAUUUGCUAAAAUAUCCUGUAUUACCAAUUCUUUGGUACUUACCGGAAAAAUGUUGAAUGUUGUGUUAUUCUGCUUAACGAGUGAUUCUUUCAGGCGGAAACUUUUUGCCACCGUAAAUAUUUGGUAUCGGAAGUGUACUUGCCAGCAGAAAAAAUAUUUGCAUAAUAUCAGCAAUUUUAAUCGUUCAGUUACUCAGAAAUCAUCACUUUUUAGUACCACAUCAUUCCAUAAUCAACGAUCUCGUCAAUUUUCUCGUAAUCGAGGUUGGUCACUGGCACAAGUGAAUGAUAAAACUGAAAUCAUUCCAAUGAAGAUUAGUCAGUGA